GUCGGUAAUUUUAAAAAUUCUCCGCCACAAAACUUUUCAGGAGGGAAGCACGAGAGCCACUCCGCCUCCCGCCUUUUGUUCCCGCCAUUGAACCUCUCUCCCUCUCUCGCUCUAUCUCUGUCUUCUGAAGCUCUGCGUUGAACCAUUCGAAUGGAGAAACCAAGCGAAGACAAGCCAGACGGUUUAGAAAUCACCUCAAUUGGAGUUCUCUACCAUGGUCCCUGGGACAAGAAGUACUGGAGCUCCACUAGGGGUAAGGAUCGCUAUCCUUAUCCAGUUGGUUAUCAAGCUGUUCGAACUCAUAAUGGCAGCACAUAUAAGAUGGAAAUUCAUGAAGGUCUCAAAGGGCCUUUAUUUGUGGUUAACUCUGCCUAUGGUCAGUCAUGUUCUGGGCAAACUCCAGAUAUUGCAUGGGAGAGCUUUCAAAAGAAGGGUUGGUGCCGUACAAAGAUGUGGCAUGGGAAGAGAUCUUCUCCCAAGAUAGAUGGUGUUGAGUUCUUUGGGUUUAGAAAUCCUUUUGUCCAAAGGUUACUUCGGGAACUGGUGGCUAAUGUCAAUGGAAUGGCUGAACGAAGUUUGUUAUCUUCCAGCUUCUGUAAUGGUGCUUCUGGAACUGAGCAUGAUAGUCAAUGCCCAGGUUCAUGUACAUAUGCUGAUUUGCUACCAUACUUGGAAAGACCACAGAUUACAAAGAAGAGACGCAGGCAACACAAAAUAAAAAAAAGAAAGCCAGAUAGUGGGGCUAGACUUAAAAGACUACAAUCUCAAGAUCUGAUGUAUAAUUCUGAUGCCCCAAAUUGCAGUCGGGGAAAUGACAAAAAUCAGAAUGAUAAGAAUUGCACAACUUCUGCUUUAGAUGCUUGUAAUUUCCCAAGAGCUUUGCCAGUAUCAAUGGGCUUGGUAACUACAAUUGAGGGAGGCAAUGGUUCUUUUUCAUCUCAAGAUGGUCUGCAUUUGGAAUCUUUUCAUUUUCCUGAUACAGCUACCAAAGAUGUUCUCCUUCCUCAAAAAGAUAGCAGACUUGUUCCUAUUGGAAAUUGUAAAUCAACUGGCAUAGUAAAUAACUUGUCGACAGAUGAAGAACCUCUUGUUAGGUCGCAAGAUACUGAGAUAGGGAAGUCUGAUUCCUUAAUUCCCACAGAGGGCGAAGAUAGAGAAGCACCAGUUAUGAAAGACUGCCCAGCUAUCACACAUGUGGAUCUUUGUGUGCCUGAUACUUUGGAUCUUCUGCAAGAUACAUCUUCAGAAUCUGCUCCAACAAGCCCCAAGGAAAGUCCUCACAGCUUGAAAGACAGUUUAGUUGUUGCAGAGGAUUUGGUUUCUGAAUUGAAUCCAGAAGAAGAAAUCGGCACAUCAAAUUCAAAUCCAUGUUCUGAAAAGAGUGAUUUUGAUUCAGUUGGUCACGAAAUAGCCAAGUCAAUGAUGACAGUUCUUCUUCCUCAGGCACUUCCUCUGCUCAAGCGCUCCAGGAAGACGAAGGAAUCCAUUAACCAAUCUGAGAUUUCCCAUUGUGGGGUGAAAUUUGAGGAGAACAAUGAAAAUGACCACUUUGUGGAUGUUGAAUCUACUGCUGGAUUGCUUUUCACGAAUUGCUGCGCUGAAAGGGAAGCUAAGAUGCAAAUCUUAAAUGCAGACAUUGAUUCAGUUGUCCCAGAUCUGGAACAUGUCAAGAAUGUUAUUCCAGACAGUUUUGAGAAUGAUAAAUGUGAGUGCCUUGUAGAUAACCAGAUACCAUCAUUUUCUGAUACUGCUGAAGCUGAUCAAACCACUUCUAAUAAAGAUUUCAGUACUUCUGACAAUUUAGAGGUGCAUGGUUGUAUUGAUGGCCAGAAGAAGUAUGUAUGUCAUCUUGAGACAUCUGGCAGCAAAGAAUUCUACUGUUGUGAUGAGGCAUGCGUAGCUCAUAAUAGUAUGCCUCCAAAGAUUUAUAAUCACAUAUCUGAGUCUGCUUUAGGCUGCUCAUCAUCCAGUACAAAAAUCUUUUGUGGAAGAUCCAGCAAUGUUUGCAGAAAUUAUGAUGAAAAUUCUGAGGAAAAAAACCUUGCGUCUGCAGUUGAUUGUAGUCCAGGUACUGUUAUUGAGCCACUCUUUUCUGUUAGUACUCAUCCUCAGUUUUCAAAUAGUGAGAAUAUUUCUGACAUUGACACACUCAAGUUCAGUCAAAUACAUAAUGUACCAAAUCCUUGCACUAUAAUUCAAAGUAAAAGGCAACGAUGUAGUCCAAAGCUAGUUCCUUUGUCCUCAGAAACAGCAUAUCUUGCCAGGGAAGUUUCAUCUGUUAGUUUGAGAGAAAAUCUGGGUGCUAUGAACUGUGAAAUGCAUAAUGCUGAACUUGUUCAGAAUCAACCUAUGAACCAUUCCAAAGAAUUGGGGUUUUAUGAUUCUGUUAUGCAACCAAAUCCACUUUAUUCUAAUUCCUACCAAAUUUCGACUAACCCUAGUACUGAUUUAAUGGGAAAGAUGAGGUCUGUUCAAAUAUUACAGAAAGAAAUCAGUGUUAAAACAGGGAAAUCUGGGACUGCUGUUUUGUACUUUACUCAAAUCCCAGAUGGUGUAGCUCCUUCAGCAAAAAAGUUCAGUGGUCCUUUGUCAGAAAGUAUAAUUUGCAGAGACUUCCAAGAUGGUUUUAUCCCUGAGACAAAUGCUUCCUCAGGAAAUUUGCUUGCCUCUGAGAGUUGCCAAGUGAGCUCUGAUGCCAUCCCAACUAAAAAAAUUCCAUUUGAUGCCGAAACAAGGCAUGAGGAACAAUCCCAUAGCUCACACACAGAGACUACCUUAAAUCCUCUUGGUGUAUACCAUGAUAUGGCUCCUGUUAUAUCACAAAAUCAGUUAGUUUGUGCCUCCAAGGACAAUGAUACUUCAGGUCUUCUUGAUCUAUCUGUUUCGCAUGUAGAGAAAUCUGAAGAUUACAUUGACGAGAUGCUGGUUGGGCAUCAGAAACUUGAAGAGUCUAAUUCCAUACGAAUGAUUCAGAAACCAGAGACAAGUUGUGACAAAAACCUUUCUGAUGCCAAGGAAGUUCAAGAUGGUUCUUACACGAAGUUUCAAGGAAACAUGGAGCUUAAUAAUGAGCUUGAGGGGAUGGUUAACCUUGUGGGCUGCUAUGUCCACCCAAUGCCUGUUUCAUCUGUGUUGUUGAACACUAAAGGGGACGAUGCCCUCAUUUGUGUUAUAUGUGGCCAAUUGGUGGAUAAGGACAGAACACUCUUUCUCUACAAGGUGCCACUACAAGAACCAAGGGUAGGGUGCCCAUCUUUUGUUGGUCACACAUCAUUGAUGUUUCCGAUAUCAAAAGACAAAUUUGGUAGAGAAAUUGCAAUGGAACAAUCUUGUUUCCAAUUCACUCCAGAUGGGCAGUGCCUUGUUUUCAUGGGUGACAUUAAAGCACCUAGUUGCAGGGAACAUAAAAUUGAUUGUGCAUGUCCAGCAUGCACAUCAGAUUGCUUAGGGGGGGAUGCAUUAAAAAUUGUGCGAGUAGAACUUGGUUAUGUUUCUGUCAUGGGGAAAUUGAAGGCAACUGACAGCGUUCGUUGUUUUUUAGUUUGUGAACCAAACUAUCUUGUUGCUGCGGGAGAGAGUGGGGGACUACACAUUUUUGUCAUGAAUUCAACAUGGAGCAGUGCACUGGCAGAAGAAUUUGUUCUACCAACUUAUGAAUGUGUGUCACCAUGGAUAGUUGAGUUGAAGAGAAUUCCAAAGUGCAAUCCUCUGAUUGUUGGUCACAAUGGUUUUGGGGAAUUUGGUUUAUGGGAUAUUUAUAAAUGUGCUCUCGUAUCAAGGUUCUCUGCUCCUAGCACGUCAGUUUUUAAUGUCAUUCCAAUUAGUUUGUUUAGUUGGCAAAGAGAAGGCCCUCAUUCUGGUAAUGCUGGUGUGGAGGACCACAUUCAGAGAAAUAUGGAUGCAACAAAAAUGUGGUUUCCAGAACAAGGUGAGAAGCAUGCCUUUCUUCCACCUGAUGAGGAAGAUAUGGCUGUCUGGCUUUUUGUCUCAACAGUUGCUGAUCGUGAUGCUCGAGUGCAACAUGACCAUCAAUCAGGUGAUGGCCAAAAAAAUCAAAUCAGACAGUGGAGGCUGGCUCUGCUGGUGAAAAAUAUGGUGAUUUUAGGAAGCCCAUUGGAUCUAAGGGCUGCUACCAUUGGUGCAUCAGCUUGUCAUGGGAUAAUUGGCACGCAUGAUGGACUUGUGUACAUGUGGGAAAUUUCUACAGGAGCUAAGCUUGGUACACUGCAUUAUUUCAAAGCAAGUGGUGGUGUUACAUGUAUUGCUGUUGAUGAUUCAUGUGCACAGCAUGUCAUGGCCGUGGCUGGAGAUGGAGGUGAAUUGCUGGUUUAUCUGCAUCGACAACAGGAUUUUGCAAACUAGGAGUUAACAUGAAAGCAUCUCGGAUUGGUGGGCUGGCAAGCAAUUGGUGUAGGAUCUUGUGUGCAGCAUAGAUUGCUCACAAUGUGCAGAUUUGUGACUCUUUCAUACCCAGAUGCAGAAACAUCACACCGGUGCCUUUAAAACCCAAUGCUUGUUGAAAAUGAUUAACUAAGUUUGAGCCCUUUCUCCUUUUUCACUUGAAUUUCCUUUUAAUGCAAUUUUUUCAUCAUUAAUAAUCCAUAUUUUUUUGCUGGUUUCUGCUUUUUGUUAUGUUUUCUCCUAGUCUGUUGGCAGUUUGAAAAUUGGAUCUUCCUCUUCAUAACAGGUUAUGAGGCUACCGCAUUUUUAAGUGAAGGACUAAUGCAAAUCAAGUAGUAAUAGAAUGGAUUGUAAUUAACUAAUUGUCUUU